UUAAUUCAUUUUCAUCAUCUAGAUAAUUGAUCCAUCCCAUGGGAGCUGUGACAUUUUUGAUCUUGUGCUAAGUAUUAUACUUGGGAUUAGUGUCACAAAAGUCUUGUUUUGCGCUUUGAUUUGUGUGUGUAAUUUUCUGGGUGAAUUCUGGAUUCUAAACUGUCCAUGGGAGCUGGAAUGUGGUGGAGACAAGGAAAGAGAAAGUAAAGCCUAUGGUCAGGAAUAGUGAAAACAAAUGUUUGCAUAAAGCUUUCAAAUUGAAUGGAACGUGUGCCUCUUACAGAGCAGGCACUGGAAGAAGUAAUAUGCUAGAAAGUGCCACAGGGAGGUGCUGUUUGGUUUUAGAACUGAAUUUCGUUCUUGUGGCCAUGAAGUAGGCAGAUUAGCUUGAAAAUGCAGACAGUUUUCAUUUUUUUCAUGCUGGUUUGCUGCUUAUUCAUGUCAAUAAGAGCUAAAAAAAACCUCUUGCUGGUCAGGCCUUGAUCUCAUGAUAGUCAUGAGAAUUCCAUACAGAGGUUUAGGGGUGGAAAACAAGAAGCAGUAUUGCAAAUACCAUCACUAAGUCCUGGAAUAUAGACCUUAACGGACGUGAACACAAGCUUCUAACAAGGACAGACUGCAGAAAUGCCAAAAACUGAUUACACUCUGGGAGGAGGUUUUGGUUUGAGGGGAGAUGGACUUCACCUAAAAUUAGAAGAGGCCGUUGGCAUUGCUAUUCUGGUAAUAAUCAUUUUAAUCCUACUGAUAAUCGGUUGCUGGUACUACAAGAAACGUAAUGGAUACUUGAUACUCCAGAGUCGACAAGCACCUAAUAGUGCAGUUAGUUCCUUCAUGCCAUCACUCCAUCACAGUGAAGAAGGAACACCUUUGGAGACCAAAGAUACGAUGAAAGAUUACACUCAUUCAAAUCUGAUUGCAAAUGCUCCUCCUGCGUAUGAGAAAACUGCUCCAGAGCAAAUGCCACCGGCAUAUUAUCCUUGAAUUGACAGUGCACAAUAGUUCAUCACUGCUGACGAAUCAUCUAUUUCCAUUCAUAGAAAUGUAACCUUUGUAUGGUGUGCAUUAAUAACUUGCACAUUAAUGUCCUGUUUGCAUGUGCUGCAAUAAACAAAGUUAAUCUGUCUAUGUGUAAAUUCUCAAGAUUAUAUAAAAAAGAGUGGAGGCUCUUCUGAAUACUCCAGCAGCAAACACUAAGGAGAAUAUUUAAAUGUUGGUAAAUGACUCAAACUGCACAGGACGUGUGAAAUAAAUGCUUGUUAUCCAAUAUUAUAAAUGGCUACCUGAUGCACAGAUAGCACCAUAAAAUUUCACUUUGUUGCAAAUGUGGAAACCCUCAUCAAAUCAUGGCGCAUGUAAUAACUUUCAUCCCAUAACACAGUGAUAUCUUGGAGUUGCAUUUACUUUCUGCACAAACGUCAGACUGAGCAGUCAUCUGAAAUGAA